AUGGACUACCAGAACCGGGCGGGAUCGAAGAAAGGAGGAGGAGGUAUAGCUAGUAAAAGCUUGGAGAGUUUGCAACUCAAAAAACGCCUGUACCAAUUGGCGGCCGAUGUCUCGGACGUCGAUAGUAAUCCUUACCUGCGCAGCCUUCCGGGGGGGGUCUAUGAAUGUAAGCUUUGCUUGACGAAACACAAGUCAACAAACUCUUUUAUUCUGCACACCCAAGGACGGCGGCACCAGCAGAGCCUAGAACAAAGAAAGCGGCUAGAAGCCCCAAAGUCGGGCUCGUCGCCAGCUUCAGCAAAAGUUCAAACAAAGAGCUUUGUCAAGAUUGGUCGUCCUGGCUACAAAAUCACUAAAAUCUUUGAUCCCGCUGCAAACAAACGGGGGCUGCAUCUUUUGAUCAAAUACCCUCAGAUCAAGAGUGGUCUGCAGCCUAUGCAUAGGCUCAUGAGCGCAUACGAACAGCAACAGGAGCCAGUUGAUGGCGCUUUUCAGUAUUUGGUAAUUGCUGCCGAGCCAUACGAUACGAUUGCGAUCAAAAUUCGAGCCCCGCCGAUCGAUAAAAGCUCGCUUUGGAGCAAUUUCGACCAGGAUACUGGUGAUUACCAUUUACAAAUCCUCUUGGACUCGGUGGAUGAGCCUUGA